GCUCAGCUAAUGCGGACAGCCCGAGGUAGCCCCCAAUGAUGGAUUUUGAUGAACGUGUUCCUUGCUCCUCUAACAUGUACUUGCCAAGUUGCACUUACUACGUUUCGGCUCCUGAUUUUUCCAGCCUUCCUUCAUUCUUACCCCAGACCCCAUCCUCUCGUAACAUGACCUAUCCUUAUUCUUCAAACCUACCCCAGGUCCAGCCAGUGAGGGAGGUAACUUUCAGGGAAUAUGCCAUAGACACCUCCAGUAAGUGGCAUCACCCCAGGAGCAAUCUGCCCCAUUGCUAUUCAGCAGAGGAGAUCAUGCACAGGGACUGCCUUCCUGCCUCCAACCCUGCUGGCAUGGGGGAAAUGUUUGGAAAAAAUGCUUCUAAUGUCUACCAUCCCAAUGCCAACGUUUCCACCAAUUUCUAUAGCACAGUGGGCAGGAAUGGGGUCCUUCCUCAAGCCUUUGACCAGUUCUUUGAGACUGCCUAUGGCAACAUUGAGAAUCAAAGCUCUGACUAUUCUGUGGAGAAGAACUGCGACAAGGUAUCAGGGAGUGCAGCCAGCACUCUGAGUGCGGAGCCGGCCUGCAGCAGGGACCCAGAGGAGAAGGACAGGCCAGCAGACAGCAGCAGAAGUAGCAGCUCCCACUCAUCUUCCGGUAACAAUGAGGACAAAGCCAGCAGCUCCAGUGGACAGCGUACACGUAAAAAGAGAUGCCCUUACACAAAGUAUCAAAUUAGAGAGCUAGAAAGGGAGUUUUUCUUCAGUGUUUACAUCAAUAAAGAGAAGCGCCUCCAACUAUCACGGAUGCUCAACUUAACCGACAGACAAGUCAAAAUUUGGUUCCAAAACAGAAGAAUGAAAGAAAAAAAAAUUAACAGGGACAGACUUCAGUAUUACAGCGCUAACCCUCUGCUAUGAGGCUGACUGUUUACUCUGGACCAGACCCACAUCAUGCCUGAUCAUGACAAGGUCAUGUCACAAGGUUACAUGUAUGUGCCAAUGUGUUGCUCAGUUGGAACAUUCGGGAGAAUAAUUUAAUACGAAAACCCUUUUUUUUUUUUUUUUUUUUUGUUUGGACCUUUAAAUUUUGGUAUUAACUGGAAAUGGGCGAUUAUGAUGUAAGGAGUCUUUACACCUUGCAUUACCUAAGCUGUAUUUCAUACCAAUUCCUACCAAUUACCUGCAGACAUUCUGGUUUUCUCAACGCAAAAAAAAAAGACGCAAAAAAAAAUUCAAAACAGAGAGAGACGCAAACUGUGGCGCAAAUUCAGAGGACCAAUGGGAAAAUGCAUUGAAAAAAAAAAUUAAUUGAUUUGUGAUGACGUUACUCGGAUUUUGGGAUUGUACAAAAAUAAUAUUUCCGUUUUGGUUUCUUCAUUUAAAAAACACUUUAGCGUUUGCACCUAUGCCAAGUACUGCUUUAACAGGUUUAUGACGGUGUUUUUUCAAAGUACAGGGUUCAAGUAAUGGGAGAGGCUGUUGGUUAAGUUAAUCUUCAACUCUCUUUGAAAGAUAUUCCAAGUUUCAAUCUAUCAGUAUUUACAAAUAUCUGUUUCAGUGGAGCUUCUGAUAUAAUGCACUUUGUUUGCUAGUCCAAUUCCCUGUCUGUGGCAUUUAGCUAAGAGUAUCAGCUUAAAAAAAAACGAAAAAAAAAAAACAGACAAAAUACAUCACCAUUUGUGACCAGCUUGAGUCAACAAGACAACCAGACGGUGAUAAAUAAAAGAAACUUAAAAGAAAAUAAUCAACAUAUUAUAUAUCUUUUUCAUACCAAAUGGCAUCAGAUAGUUUAAUAUCUGUAUCUACAUGCCCAGAAUUUAUCUUAUGUUUAGAUUUAUUAUCAUAUAAGUAUGUGUGUGUAUGUGUUUGUAUGUGUGUGUUUUUCUGUGUGUGUGCUUGUGUGUGUGUCUGUGUGUGUGUCUGCGUGUGUGUGUGUGUGUGUCUAUAUAUAUGCUGUUUGUCCAAGAAAGAACCAAAGUUAAUAAAUGCAAUUAUUAAAACAAAUGCAAACUAUUUCAAAUUAUAUAUGAGUUUACGGGAUAGAGGAUCCUAUUUGUAAUAAUUGCGUUUGAAUGUAUAUUUCAUACGAUGUUUUACUAAGCUUGUAAAUAGACGUCAUUUCGUAUUUCUUUUGAAUACCUUUUUAAACAUCUAGUGAGAUGAAUUUUAGAAAGAAUUAUAAAGGUGCUUGGUUUUAAUUACCCAAUUUUUCCAAAGGUUAGAGUUUUUCAUGGAUUGGUGUUUUUUGGCACAGUUCACAAUAUAAAGCAUCACAUGUCACUGUAUACCUACAGAUCCAUACUUUAUAUGUAUAUAUGGUUUGUUUCAUACAAAUGAGUUGCAUGUACAACAAGA